CUUCACAACUGUCAUCCAAAAUCUACAUUGCCAAACGCUAUAAAUUUUUUUAUUUUUUUUUUCUCAUUUUUACACCUCACAAUUUUCACCAUGUUUACUAAAACAAGAACCAAAAGUUGCUACCUUUUUCUUGUUUUUUCAACUUUAUUAACAGUUUUUUGUGAAGAAAAAAUUUUUGGGAGGUGUAAUUUAUUUGAAGGAAGUUGGAUUUUUGAUGAUUAUUAUCCAAUUUAUGAUUCAUUGUUGUGUCCAUUUAUAGACCAAGGUCUAAAUUGCAUUAGAAAUGGAAGAAGUGAUAAACUUUAUCUCAAGUAUAGAUGGCAGCCUACUGAUUGUGACCUCCCUAGGUUCAAUGGUGAAGAUUUCUUGAAAAAAUUCAGAGGCAAAAACUUCAUGUUUGUGGGAGAUUCCUUGAGCAAUAACCAGUGGCAAUCACUAGCAUGCAUGCUUCAUGCUUCGGUUCCGAAUUCUACUUACACAUUUGUCAUAACGAGGAACCGUUCCGUUCUCUCGUUUCCGGAGUUUGAGUUCACAGUCACAUUCUUGAAAGACGGAUUUCUCGUUGACCUAGUGGUCGAGGAAGCUGGACGAGUAAUCAAGCUCGACUCUCUCAGCAGGAGUGAACAGUGGAAAGGAGUUGAUUUCUUAAUCUUCAACAGCUACCAUUGGUGGAUACACACUGGCAGACUACAAACAUGGGACUAUUUUCAAGUCGGUGACAAACUCUACAAGGAGAUGAACCAUAUGGAAGCUUACAAGAUUGCUUUAACUACUUGGGCUAAUUGGAUUGAUUCUAGCGUUGAUCCUGCUGUGACUAAAGUGUUCUUCCAAGGAAUUUCUGCUGUUCAUUAUCACGGCCAGGAUUGGAAUGAACCAACGGCGAAGGACUGCAGCGGACAAACAAAGCCGAUAGAGGGUUCAACUUAUCCAGGUGAAAGAUAUGCAGGAGAAGCAGUGGUGAAGAGUGUCCUAAGUAACAUGACAAAGCCUGUAAAUUUACUUGACAUUGCACUGCUUACACAGCUACGAAAAGAUGGACACCCCGCGAGAUUUGCCGGUGGCGCGACGGACUGCAGCCACUGGUGUGUAGGUGGUGUUCCAGAUGCUUGGAAUGAACUGUUGUAUGCAAUGCUGCUGCAGAAAUAAUUUUUGAAUCUAGUGUACUUAUAAAUGAAAGCUGAUGGCUAGUUGGCUUUUA